AUGUCAAGUAAAGCCGCUUCCGGUGAUCCCACCACCAUUGACCAGAUCAUUGAGGCCCUAAAUAGUGAUAAGUCGAUUCCUGAUUCAUUAAAAACCGAAAUAUCCCAAGAUUUAAGAUAUAAAGUGUCUGUGGUGGCCGAUCUUCGCGGUAAAAACCAGGAAUUGCGCCAGCAAGUACUAGGAGAGAGCGAUGAAUCGACACAGAAACAUAUGGAUUAUUCGUCAAUGGAUAAACAGGUUCUUCGGCAUAUCCAGCAGCUCAAAAUUUACAAUGAUCUACGAGACACCGCAAUGAAGAUAUUGGCGAUCAUGGCCGACCAAAAGAAGACCGACAUCACCGCGGUGGCCAAAGAGCUUCAAGUUGAUACCACCGAUGAGUGA